AUGCCAACUGGAGCUCCCGGAUUCGCAGCAAGGAGAUCUUCUUAUGCUUCAGUCGUUUCUGGUACAGCUUCAGGAAUCUCUCAACCAUACCAACAAGCUUCCAGGUCUGGUGCUCUUUCUCACCUCCUCAAUCAGAGCACGGAUUUGGGCAACUACGAUCCGAGCCCAUACGGCUUAGGCGGACAUAUACGACACGACUCUCGAACUUACGAUAUGGAUUUUGGCACAAAUGGCGCAAGCCACAGGAGUUCCGGGUCUUGGAAUCGCGGCGGGCAUCUCCCUAGCUUCUCGAGCGCAUAUGGGCCUAUACUAGAUGGCAAUGGGUUUGGAGGCACACAAGGCGACAGUUUCUUCGUUCCCUCAUACCUGCGCGGAUCAAAAUACGUUCAGAGAUUGGAGGAGAGCUAUAAAGCAAGAGAGCAAGCGCACGUAGAUGGGCCAUCCACCCAGUCUCAGUCGGGCUCCCUUUCGACUAGCGGAAGUAGCACAUAUCUUCAAACCAGACUGGCGCCUUCACAUCGGGGGAUGACAUAUGACUUAAUAGAAAAGGCGCCGCCUUUUGAAGACGAAAAUCUUGCGCCUCUGCCCUCUAAAUGGAACAGCCAAGACAAAUUUGGGGGCUUGGAGGUUAUGUCGGAUGGGCAAGAGGUGAAAUUAACAGGACCUAAACCUGACCGAGACCGAGAUCACGAAGCAAGCUCUAUCGGUAUUGGGUUCUCGAGUAAGACUGUUCCUUUAUCAAGAUUACCAGGAUGGGAACCGGAUUCAUGGGCAUACCACGGAGACGACGGCCAUUCAUUCGGUUCCCAGAGCACAGGCAAGCAUUACGGACCACCAUUCACAGCAACAGACGUUAUUGGAUGUGGUGUGAAUUUCAGGACCGGUUCUGCUUUUUUCACCAAGAACGGAGACAACCUCGGUGUCGCCUUCCGAGAGAUCAAAGGAAAGCUCUUUCCCUCAGUAGGCAUGAAGAAGUCUGGCGAGCAUAUUAGAGUUAAUUUCGGGCAAAGUCCAUUUGUCUUCGACAUAGAUGGCAUGAUGUCGGUAAGUCGUGAUUUUCCAGAAUUCACUUUUCUUGACCUCGCCACCAAUUUAUCGAAUUCUCACAACCUCGGUCUCAUUCCUGGUACACAACUCACCAAUCGUCAUAUUCUUCGCCGUCGUUCCUCUGCUUUACCGACGCAAAACUCAAGGCCGUCGAACGUUGCUGGGGCAGCAGAGCGACCAGCAGAAUGCAACGAUGACAAAACAUGGUCCAAGAGAGAGGAUGAGAAAAGAGCGAUACAUCAAGAAAUCGCGUCAACAAGCACCGCUAAACUGGCGCCACCUAUGAAUGAAACGGAUCUAAUCCAAUCACUUGUUCUUCAAUUUUUGACACACGAUGGCUACAUUGAGACGGCUAGAGCAUUCGCAGAUGAGGUUCAUUCCGAAAAGUCCGCUCUAGCUCUGGAUAAAACCACAGUAGUUGAAAGUUUCAGCGUUAAGGAAGAUAAAGAUGCAGGGCACCGACAGCAAAUACGCACUGCUGUGUUAGAAGGCGAUAUUGACAAAGCCUUAAAGUAUACUGAUCUCUACUAUCCUGCCGUCCUUCAAAACAACGAGCAUGUAUUAUUUCGACUACGCUGUCGAAAAUUUACAGAAAUGGUCCGUCGUGGUGCUGAAAUGCUACAAUCAAACCAUAAGCACACUGCAAAGAAGAGCAAUGGCCAAAAUGGCGACUGGCACGACGGAGAUUGGCAUGACGACGUGAUGAAUCAAGAUAUGGAAAUGGAUAAUCAACAGAACAACAAUAAUUAUGAUCGGAUGGAUACCGAGGAGGGCUCAGAUAAUCUUAUGGAAUACAACCAAUUAACUCAGGCCACCUUGAAUUACGGGCAAGAUCUAGAGCGGCAAUAUCGAAACGACCCGAGUCGCGAAGUCAGCAAAGCAUUGUCGGACGCCUUCUCUUUGAUAGCUUAUCAAGACCCUCUAAAUCGUAAGGAGGUCUCUCAUCUUGUAGAUCCCAAGGGAAGAGUUGCUGUGGCUGAAGAGUUGAAUGCCGCGAUCUUAUUAUCGCUUGGCAAAUCCUCAUCCGCGGCUCUAGAAAAACUCUAUCAACAAACCGCCGUUCUCCUCGAAGAUCUUAGAGACGGUGGCGGUUCCGGCGCAUUCGUAAACAUUGACGAUUUCGCGCGGCCAAAGCGUGGGUUAUGA